UGAUUUCUAGAUAGAAGAGUCGUAAGAAAAAAAGGCUGUUAAAGAAAGUAGUAUUAAGAAAACGAAUAAUUAUUUUCUUGCCAUUACAAUGAGUUGGUUUAUUAAUGUAUUUUUAAUAUUGAUGCCAUUACUGGGACACCUUAACGCCAAUACCGUAGAGGAAAGAAAUCUAUUUGCCACCGAACUGUUCCAAACUGUGGCCACACAAAGUCAAAAUGAAAAUGUUAUUAUUUCACCAGUGUCCGUGCAAACAGCAUUAGGUUUGGUCUAUUAUGGAGCUUCGGGUCAAACAGCAUCUGAACUACAAAAAAGUCUUCAUGCUACUGCUCAUCAAAGUAAAGACGGUUUAGCCCAGGGCUAUCACAAACUAUUACAUUCAUUCAUCAAGUCAAAGACAGUGUUGGAAAUUGCUAAUAAAAUUUUUGUCAAUGAUAAAUUGGAAAUAUCUCCGGAGUUCAAGAGAACUUCUCAAGUUUACUUUGAUUCCGAUGUCGAGCAAUUAGAUUUCGCCAAUGAAACGUAUUCAGUUGAUCACAUCAAUCAAUGGUUGGCCGAGAAGACCAAUGGCAAGAUUGAUAAUGUUAUACAGAGACUGGAUCCCGAUACAAAUGUGGCUCUAAUCAAUGCCAUUUAUUUUAAAGCCAAAUGGGCACGUCCCUUUAUGGAUGAUGCCACCAGUGAUCGUGAGUUUUGGAUAAGCAAUGAACAGUCCAUCAAAGUACCCACCAUGUUUGCCGACAAUUGGUAUUAUUAUGCUGAAUAUCCCGACUUGGAUGCCAAAGCUUUGGAACUAUUUUUUGAGAAUAUUGAUCUUACCAUGUGGUUCAUAUUGCCCAACAAACGUGAUGGCCUAUUUGAGUUGGAACAAAAACUGAAGGGAGUUAAUUUCAAUGAUCUCGAAGCUCUAUGGGAAUGGAAGAGUACAAGUGUAUAUUUGCCAAAAUUCAAAUUUGAAUUUGAUACCGACCUUAAACCAUCACUGCAGAAGCUUGGCAUUAAUACCAUGUUUUCGAAUUCUGCCGAUUUUAGUAACAUGUUUGAUAAACGUGCGCCCAAUAUGCAUAUUUCACAGGUACAACACAAGGCCUUCAUCGAUGUCAAUGAAAUUGGCUGUGAAGCUGCUGCCGCCAGUGUUGCUGUUGGUGUGCCCAUGUCAUUGCCCAUAGAUCCUAAAACGUUUGUGGCCGAUCAUCCAUUUGUUUUCAUAAUACGUGACAAGACUGCUGUCUACUUCGCUGGUCAUAUUGUUAAACUUUAAGACACUGCCACUUAAUGACAUUCAAAGUAGUUUCUAAGAAUUCAUUCUUUAUAUUAUAAGAAGAAAAUGCAUUACUGCACUCACUCAUCAUUUAGAUGUAAGACCGAUUAAAAAUUAUACAAUUAUACACGCUCACAUGCAUAAAAUAAAUUUUUAAUU